AUGAAGAGGCCAGCAGAGUCUGACCUGGUGCAGCCUCCCAAGAGUGCCGUUGAAUCCAGAGAUGCAGGCAAUCCCUUUGCUGGUGUCUCAUUGUUCAGCAGCGCAGCUUCCUCCUUUCCCACGGCAUCGACUGGUGGGUCCGCCGGAUCGGCUGCUCCUGGCGAGUCGGCCAAUCCGUUCAUGGGAUUGUCGCUUUUCUCACCAGCUACAUCAGGAAGCUUGUUCUCGACAGCUGUAACAUCUCUCCACGGCACACCUGCGGACACCGGCAAGGCUGCGGAGGAAUGUAGCGAGGCGCGCUGCGUCCAGGCAGACCAGCUGGAGCAGCCUGAAGUGGAGACGCAAGAAGGAGAAGAGGCGCAAGAUGGAGAAGAGGAGGAAGAGCACGAUCUUGACGAGAAAGACGGGGAAGGUGGCGACGAGCCGACAGGUGAAGAGGAUGAAGAAGUUCUAUUCCGAGCAGAUUGCAAACUUUGGAAGCUGGUCAAGCUUCCAGCAUCUGAGUCCAAGGAAAGAUCAGAGGCUUGGACCUGGCAAGAAAGGGGAUGUGGAAUUGUGCACAUCAACAGGCACAAGAAAACUCGAGCAGCUCGGCUGGUGAUGCGAAUGCGGGGCGUUUUGAAGCUCCUGCUGAACACGCCGGUUUUCCCAACGACAAGGUACGAAAUGGUUGGGCAAAAGUCUGUGCGCUUCGUCGGUGUCGAUGCCGAUACGCAUGAGGCGAAGUCUGAAAAAGUGCCCUUCUCCGCAUUCCGCUUGAAUCUCCACAGCAGCGACCAGCAGGCCAAGUUCCUGGCCAUUCUGCGCGAUGCGGCCGAUGCAGCAAAGAGUUGA